GUUCUUUGCCGCUUCUAUUCAUAUACGUUCUUUGACUCGACGCAUAGCAGCGUUAUUCAAAUAUCUGGCAACGAGUUAACUUAUUUUGACAUUUUAUGUAUUUGGCUGCAAGCGUUAAUAUUAGCAAAAAUCGGUUUUACGUAUAUCAAACGUUGAAAAAUGGAAAAUAUUCCUCGUACUCACGAAGAUAUUGAGGCACAGAUUGCCGAUAUACAAACCAAAAAGAAAGAAAUUCAAAAAAGUUCCGUAACUGGAGUUGGAUUAUUGGACACUGGGGGCUUCUAUGAUACUGAUUUAUACGAUGAAAGCGGAGGUAAAGGCAAAAAUCGCUAUGAAGGUUAUAACACAUCGAUUGCCGCUAACGAUGAAAUGGAUGAAGAUGAAGAUGAUGGCUUUCCUGUACCACAAAAACGUACCACUUAUACAGCACCUUCUUCUGUUCUGAAAGAUGUUACUCAGGGAAAAGAAGAUGUUGAUCCAAUGGCUGAUAGGCGCCGACCAACUAUAGCGGAUAGGGAAGAUGAAUAUCGGCAGAAAAGGCGACGCAUUAUUAUAUCUCCAGAACGUGCAGAUCCAUUUGCUGAUGGUGGAAAAACUCCCGAUAUCGGUUCUAGAACUUACCCUGAUAUCAUGCGGGAGCAAAUGCUCAAAGGAGAAGAGAGUGAGUUACGUAGGAAAAUACAAGAAAAGUCCAAGGACGGUACAUUGUUAAAAUCAUCAAAUGGAGAAGUACCUAAAGAGACUACUACGCGUAAGCGAGGACGUUGGGAUCAAACAGUAAGCGAAAGUUUUGUACCUGCGAAAGUAUCUGCAACGCCUAACAGUGCCGCAACACCUACUUGGGAAGAUAAAACACCAGGCGAUCAUCGUUGGGAUGAAACACCAGGUCAUAAGGGAAGCGAAACUCCUGGUGCAACCCCAGGUCUGGGAACACGCAUUUGGGACGCUACACCCGCACACCCUAUGACGCCUAGCCAUGAGACUCCAGGCCAUGAGAAAUCAGCAAGGCGCAACCGUUGGGAUGAAACUCCUAAAACGGAGCGUGAAACUCCUGGUCAUAGUGGUUGGGCCGAAACACCUAAGCCCGAUCGCGGUACAAGUGACAAUGUUGUUGCUGAAUCUACGCCUGGCGCUUCAAAGCGACGAUCACGCUGGGAUGAAACUCCUUCAAAUGCGACUCCUUCAAUGACACCCUCUUCGGCUAUGACACCUAGCCUAACGCCCAGUAUGACCCCACAUACCACUCCAGGUCACAUUACACCACUGCUAACUCCGGGUGGCACUACGCCAAUUGGAGUCAAAGCGAUGGCAAUGGCCACUCCUACACCGGGUGCGCUGGCAGCAAUGACACCGGAGCAACUACAAGCUUACCGCUGGGAAAAAGAAAUUGAUGAACGCAACAGGCCGUUAACAGAUGAAGAGCUUGAUCAAAUGUUUCCGCCUGGCUAUAAAAUACUACCACCACCUGCUGGUUACGUACCCUUACGCACGCCUGGGCGUAAAUUGAUGGCAACACCCACACCAAUAGCCGGUACGCCCGCAGGAUUUUUCAUUCAAGUUGAGGAUAAAAAUGCCAAAUUUAUGGAUAACCAACCGAAAGGCCAAAAUUUGCCUUUCAUGAAACCCGAGGAUGCCCAAUAUUUCGAUAAGCUACUUGUUGACGUGGAUGAAGAUAGUCUUUCGCCUGAAGAAGCUAAGGAGCGUAAAAUAAUGAAAUUGCUUUUAACUAUCAAAAACGGCUCGCCUCCAAUGCGUAAAUCAUCAUUAAGACAAAUAACAGACAAGGCACGUGAAUUUGGCGCUGGACCUCUUUUUAACCAAAUUCUCCCUUUACUUAUGUCCCCAACCUUAGAAGAUCAAGAGCGUCAUUUACUUGUAAAAGUUAUCGAUCGAGUGCUUUAUAAGUUGGAUGAUUUAGUUCGGCCUUACGUUCAUAAAAUUCUCGUCGUUAUUGAACCAUUGCUUAUUGAUGAAGAUUAUUAUGCUCGCGUGGAAGGAAGAGAAAUUAUUUCGAACCUCGCUAAGGCGGCAGGGCUUGCCACUAUGAUUUCCACAAUGCGUCCAGAUAUUGACAACAUUGAUGAAUAUGUGCGUAAUACAACAGCGCGAGCAUUUGCAGUUGUGGCUUCAGCAUUGGGGAUCCCAUCCUUACUACCUUUUCUCAAAGCAGUAUGCAAGUCGAAAAAAUCUUGGCAAGCUCGUCACACAGGUAUAAAGAUCGUCCAACAAAUAGCUAUUUUAAUGGGUUGUGCAAUUCUGCCCCAUCUAAAGGCUUUAGUGGAAAUUAUAGAGCAUGGUCUAGUAGAUGAGCAGCAGAAGGUGCGGACAAUUACGGCCUUAGCUAUUGCUGCUCUGGCUGAAGCAGCUACACCUUAUGGUAUUGAAUCUUUUGAUUCGGUACUGAAACCUCUCUGGAAGGGUAUUCGAACUCAUCGUGGUAAAGGUUUGGCUGCAUUUUUGAAAGCCAUCGGAUACCUGAUACCACUUAUGGAUGCUGAAUAUGCCAACUACUAUACACGUGAAGUCAUGUUGAUUUUGAUUCGUGAAUUUCAAUCGCCCGAUGAAGAAAUGAAAAAAAUCGUAUUAAAGGUCGUGAAGCAAUGUUGUGCAACUGAUGGUGUAGAGGCUCAAUACAUCAAAGAAGAAAUUUUACCUCAUUUCUUUAAAUUCUUCUGGAAUCACCGUAUGGCUUUAGAUCGCCGCAAUUAUAGACAACUGGUAGAUACGACCGUGGAGAUUGCGAACAAAGUGGGUGCUUCGGAAAUUAUAAAUCGGGUUGUAGAUGAUCUGAAAGACGAGAAUGAACAAUAUCGUAAAAUGGUAAUGGAAACAAUAGAGAAAAUUAUGGGAAAUUUGGGAGCUGCAGACAUUGACUCCCGUCUGGAGGAGCAGCUAAUUGAUGGUAUCUUAUACGCUUUCCAAGAACAAACCACCGAGGAUGUAGUCAUGUUGAAUGGAUUUGGUACGAUUGUUAAUCAACUUGGCAAGAGAGUAAAGCCAUAUUUACCACAAAUUUGCGGAACUAUUCUUUGGCGUCUUAAUAAUAAAUCAGCCAAAGUUCGUCAACAAGCUGCUGAUUUAAUAUCCCGCAUUGCCAUUGUCAUGAAGACCUGUCAAGAAGAGAAGUUGAUGGGUCACUUAGGUGUUGUAUUAUAUGAGUAUUUGGGUGAGGAAUACCCAGAGGUUUUGGGAAGUAUUUUGGGUGCUCUCAAAGCAAUUGUAAAUGUUAUUGGUAUGACUAAAAUGACACCGCCCAUAAAGGAUUUGCUGCCGCGCCUCACACCAAUUUUAAAGAAUAGGCAUGAAAAAGUACAAGAAAACUGCAUUGAUUUAGUCGGAAGAAUUGCGGAUCGUGGGCCAGAAUAUGUUUCAGCACGUGAAUGGAUGCGUAUAUGCUUCGAGUUACUUGAGUUACUUAAAGCUCAUAAAAAGGCUAUUCGUCGUGCUACUGUGAACACUUUUGGGUAUAUAGCCAAAGCAAUUGGUCCUCACGAUGUACUAGCAACACUUCUUAAUAAUUUGAAAGUGCAAGAACGUCAGAAUCGUGUAUGUACUACAGUUGCAAUUGCUAUUGUAGCUGAGACUUGUCGACCAUUUACAGUACUACCGGCGUUAAUGAAUGAGUACCGUGUACCCGAAUUGAACGUGCAAAACGGUGUACUCAAAUCACUUUCUUUUCUCUUCGAAUAUAUUGGUGAAAUGGGCAAAGACUAUAUUUAUGCUGUAUGUCCCUUAUUGGAAGACGCAUUAAUGGAUCGCGAUUUAGUACAUCGGCAAACUGCCUGCGCUGCUAUUAAGCACAUGGCACUUGGCGUAUACGGUUUCGGAUGCGAGGAUGCGUUAAUUCAUUUACUAAAUUAUGUUUGGCCCAAUAUUUUUGAAACUUCACCACAUUUAGUACAAGCAUUUAUGGACGCUGUUGAUGGACUGCGUGUUUCGUUAGGGCCCAUAAAAAUUUUGCAAUAUACUUUACAGGGCCUAUUUCAUCCGGCACGCAAAGUCCGUGAUGUAUAUUGGAAAAUUUACAACUCGCUUUAUAUAGGUGGUCAAGAUGCAUUAAUAGCGGGAUACCCAAGGAUUACUAAUGAUCCCAAAAAUCAAUAUGAACGAUACGAGUUGGAUUAUAUGCUCUAAAAAUCGUCUUUAUAAUUGGAAAACAUUUUUAUAAUAUUAAUAUGAUAGAGUAGCCGUACAAUGAUUAUUAAAUGUAAUAAUAAUAACGAAAUAGUUUUAUUUCAUCCAAA